CAGAGCGGCAGUGGCGGCGGCCGCGCGCUCAAUAUGCGACGGCUUCCGCCGGAAGUGACGUUAUUCCCGGCCGUGCGCGGCGGUGGGCGAUGAAAUGUUUUUCACACGCUGAACUCCAGCUUGGAUUGUCUUGUUGCUCCACAACUCCAUCAAAAGUAGGAAGUCAAGAUGAAGAGCAGGGUGACACAAGUAAACCAUGGUUCUGGGUACGAAAGGAAGGAAAACUACAGUUCACACCAAAGAAGUUUAUCUCCAGAGGACAGGGAUACAGAUCGGGACAAGUCUCCCUCUCCCAGAAGGAGAAGAUACUCUGAUGACAGCAGAUAUGAUCAGGAAUAUUCAAGAAGGGAAUACUAUGAUGACAGAACUUCAGAAGGAAGAAGAAUGGAAUGGGGGAGAGAGAGACACCAUGAGAGAUGGGAGGAGAGAGAAUCUGAUCGAAGGAGGCAGAGGAGAUAUUCCUCACCUGAUCGUAGGAGCCCAGAGAGGUCGACAGUCCAGAGCUCCCUUGCUCAUGAUGAGACUACUUCCAAGAAAAAGAAGGAAGAAGUGGAUCCAAUCCUUACUCGCACAGGUGGUGCAUACAUUCCACCUGCCAAGCUCAGGAUGAUGCAAGAGCAAAUCACUGAUAAAAGCAGCUUGGCAUAUCAGAGAAUGAGUUGGGAAGCCUUGAAGAAGUCCAUCAAUGGUCUUGUCAAUAAAGUAAACGUUUCUAAUAUAGAAAAUAUCAUUCAUGAGCUCCUUCAGGAAAAUAUUGUUCGUGGAAGGGGAUUGCUUUCUAGAUCCAUUUUGCAAGCUCAGAGUGCCUCUCCAAUUUUUACCCAUGUAUAUGCAGCUCUCGUGGCAAUCAUCAAUUCAAAGUUUCCAAAUAUUGGUGAAUUGAUUCUCAAGAGAUUGAUAUUAAAUUUUCGUAAAGGAUAUCGUAGAAAUGACAAGCAACUCUGUCUAACAUCUUCAAAAUUUGUUGCACAUUUGAUGAAUCAGAAUGUGGCUCAUGAGGUUUUAUGUUUGGAAAUGCUGACUUUGCUUCUUGAAAGGCCUACUGAUGACAGUAUUGAAGUAGCAAUUGGUUUUAUUAAAGAGAGUGGGCUCAAGUUAACAGAAGUUUCUCCUAGAGCUAUUAAUGCAAUCUUUGACCGUCUUAGACACAUUCUGCACGAAUCUAAAAUUGAUAUGCGUGUACAGUACAUGAUAGAAGUCAUGUUUGCUGUACGGAAGGAUGGCUUCAAGGAUCAUCCAAUCAUUCCAGAGGGACUAGAUCUGGUGGAAGAAGAGGAUCAGUUUACUCACAUGUUACCAUUAGAAGAUGACUACAACCCAGAGGAUGUUCUUAAUGUUUUCAAGAUGGAUCCUAACUUUUUGGAAAAUGAAGAGAAAUACAAAAUGCUGAAGAAAGAAAUUCUUGAUGAAGGUGACAGUGAAUCUGAAGCAGAUCAAGAGGCUGGAAGUAGUGAAGAAGAUGAAGAAGAAGAUGAAGAGGAGGAUGAAGAUGGUCAGAAAGUUACUGUCCACGACAAAACAGAAAUUAACCUGGUCUCCUUCCGUCGCACAAUUUAUCUUGCUAUUCAGUCAAGCUUAGACUUCGAAGAGUGUGCUCACAAAUUGUUGAAAAUGGACUUUCCUGAAAGCCAGACCAAAGAACUCUGCAAUAUGAUACUUGACUGCUGUGCUCAGCAACGAACAUAUGAGAAAUUCUUUGGGUUACUGGCAGGGCGUUUCUGCAUGUUAAAAAAAGAAUAUAUGGAAUCCUUUGAAGCUAUUUUCAAAGAACAAUAUGAUACCAUUCACCGUUUGGAAACAAACAAGCUGAGGAAUGUUGCCAAAAUGUUUGCUCAUCUACUGUACACCGAUUCAAUUCCCUGGAGUGUCCUUGAAUGUAUAAUACUGAGUGAAGAAACUACUACAUCUUCCAGUAGAAUUUUUGUCAAAAUAUUCUUCCAGGAACUCAGUGAAUAUAUGGGCCUUCCUAAUCUAAAUGCAAGACUAAAAGAUGUAACACUGCAGCCUUUCUUUGAGGGAUUAUUGCCUCGGGAUAACCCCAGAAACACUCGCUUUGCCAUCAAUUUCUUCACUUCUAUUGGCCUUGGAGGACUAACGGAUGAAUUACGGGAGCAUCUUAAAAAUGCACCAAAGAUGAUAAUGACACAGAAACAAGAUGUUGAGUCAUCUGAUUCCUCUUCAUCUUCAGAGACCGACUCUUCCUCUGAUUCUGAUAGUAGCAGUAGUAGCUCAGAGUCAUCCAGCAGCAGUGACUCCUCAUCUAGCAGUGGCAGCAGCAGUGACACAGAUGUUUCUAAAGCCAAAAGAAGGAGAUUGCAGAAGAAAAAUAGAGAAUCUGAUAAAGUAUCUAGGAAAAAGCAAGAAAGGAGAAGGAAAUCAUUUGAAAAGAAGGUGAGAAGGAGGCAGCAAGAGGACAGAAGUGAUACAGAGAGCAAAUCGGAAAGAAAUCACCGAAAUGCAAGAGAAUCACACAGGAGAGAUGAUGCAUCAAAAUAUCAUCAUAGAGAUGAGUCCAAUGACAGAGAUGGUUACCAUAGUGGGAAAGAUAGGAACCAUGAAAGAAAUAAGGAUCUAGAAAAUAAACACAGUAACUUAAAACCAAAGAAAGCAGAGAGAAGAGCUUCUUUUUCUGAUGAUGAAAAUUACAGACACUGGAGCAAAGAUAAUGGACAUCGCAGUAGAAAAAGAGAGAGAUCAAAAUCUGUGGAGAGGGCCCAUAAUCACUCAAGUCCAAGAGAGAAGGAACAAGAAGACAGAUACAGAAAUGGUUCAGAGAAGCACCGUGAGAAGAGCAGCCGGCACUCUGAGCAGUACAGAGAGUCCAGAAAGAACGAGGACAGGCGGAGGGAGAGCUCCCCACACAGACGAAAAUAACACCUGGCCAGAGAUGGAAAUCAACGUGCAUUUCUGAGCUGUUAAAACUGUAUUUUAAAGUCUAGUACUGAACUUUCUCUAAAAGAAAAAGAUUUUGUACAAAGUGAUAGUUUGCAUUUGUAAAUUUUAUCAAACUUUUUCAAAUUUUCAGUAUCACUUUUUUAUAACUAGCGUUGAGCCUUUCUGUUAAAUUGUCCCUUGGGAAAGAAGCAGCUGUUUAUUUUGUGAAUAAAACCAUUUAGAUCUCAGC